AUGGGCAAACAGCGAAUACACGUGAACGUAUCUUUGGUGAUGAGGGGCAACAUACAGCGCCUUCCAAGAAAGUUUCAAACACGUUCAAAUCGUCAAUUUUUGAGAGCAGUACACCAGAAUCUCCCGCGCGAACACCGAAGAAGAUAA